CGGGCAGCUGCCGGGGCACUGGCGGCCGCGGGCCGGACGCCGCGGUGAGCGAGCGCCCGGGAGCGCGCCCUGCGAGCUGUAUGGUAUCACUAUUGAAGAACUGUCCUGCACGGUCCAAGGAUGUGUGGUCACUGCUGCUCAACGCCCUUAUUGGACCAGAUCCCUGCCAGCAUGAUCCCAUGCUUGGAUUCCAAGGUGAGCAUGGAGGCUGGCGGCCUCCCCCUGGAGCUGUGGCGCAUGAUCUUAGCCUACCUGCACCUUCCCGACCUGGGCCGCUGUAGCUUGGUAUGCAGGGCCUGGUAUGAACUGAUCCUCAGUCUCGACAGCACGCGCUGGCGGCAGCUGUGUCUGGGCUGCACCGAGUGCCGCCAUCCCAACUGGCCCAACCAGCCUGACGUGGAGCCUGAGUCUUGGAGGGAGGCCUUCAAGCAGCAUUACCUUGCCUCCAAGACAUGGACCAAGAACGCCCUGGACUUGGAGUCCUCCGUCUGCUUUUCUCUAUUCCGCCGGAGGAGGGAACGACGUACCCUGAGUGUCGGGCUAGGCCAUGAGUUUGACAGCCUGAGCAGUGCCUUGGCCAUGGCCAGCCUAUAUGACCGAAUUAUGCUCUUCCCAGGUGUAUAUGAAGAGCAAGGUGAAAUCAUCCUGAAGGUGCCCGUGGAGAUUGUAGGGCAUGGCAAGUUGGGCAAAGUGGCCCUUCUAGCCAGCAUCGAUCAGCACUGCUCAACCACACGCCUGUGCAACCUCGUCUUCAUGCCGGCCUGGUUCUCACCCAUCAUGUAUAAGACAACAUCGGGUCAUGUCCAGUUUGACAACUGCAACUUUGAGAAUGGACACAUCCAGGUCCAUGGCCCGGGUACCUGCCAAGUGAAGUUUUGCACCUUCAAAAACACCCAUGUCUUCUUGCACAACGUGCCCCUAUGCGUCCUGGAAAACUGUGAAUUUGUGGGCAGUGAAAACAACUCUGUGACUGUUGAGGGCCACCCAUCUGCAGAUAAGAACUGGGCUUACAAGUAUCUACUAGGACUUAUCAAGUCCUCUCCCCCUUUGCUCCCCCCAGAGGACUCUGACUUUUUAAUGUCCCUGGACCUAGAAAGCCGGGACCAGGCCUGGAGCCCAAGGACCUGUGACAUUGUUAUCGAGGGCAGCCAGAGCCCUACCAGCCCAGCCUCUAGCUCCCCAAAGCCAGGUUCCAAGGCUGGCUCACAGGAGGCAGAGGUGGGCAGCGAUGGGGAAAGGGUGGCCCAGACCUCAGACAGCAGUGAUGGAGGCCUGAGUCCCAGCGGUGAGGAUGAGGACGAGGACCAGCUCACAUACAGACUGUCCUACCAAGUGCAGGGCCCGCGCCCUGUACUGGGGGGCUCCUUUCUGGGCCCUCCGCUGCCAGGAGCGUCCAUUCAGCUGCCCAGCUGCCUAGUGCUGAACUCACUGCAGCAGGAACUGCAGAAGGACAAGGAGGCCAUGGCACUGGUGAACUCUGUGCAGGGCUGCCUCAUCCGCAAGUGCCUGUUCCGGGAUGGGAAGGGAGGCGUCUUAGUCUGCUCCUAUGGCCAAGCCAAGAUGGAAGGAAACAUCUUCCGGCACCUGACUUACGCAGUGCGAUGUAUACAUAAUAGCAAGAUCGUCAUGCUCAGGAAUGACAUUUACCGCUGCCGAGCGUCAGGCAUUUUUCUUCGCUUGGAGGGUGGAGGCUUGAUCGCAGGCAACAACAUUUACCACAACGCGGAGGCUGGUGUAGACAUCCGGAAAAAAUCCAACCCACUCAUACUGUGUAACCAGAUCCACCACGGCCUUCGCUCUGGCAUUGUUGUCCUUGGCAAUGGAAAAGGCAUCAUCCGGAACAAUCAAAUCUUUUCAAAUAAGGAGGCCGGUAUUUAUAUCCUGUACCAUGGAAAUCCAAUCGUGAGCGGGAACCACAUCUACAAGGGCCGUGCUGCCGGCAUAGCAGUGAACGAGAAUGGCAAAGGCCUCAUCACAGAAAAUGUCAUCCGUGAGAAUCAGUGGGGAGGUGUAGACAUCCGCCGCGGAGGGAUCCCCGUCCUCAGGAGCAACCUCAUCUGCUUUGGCUAUUCAGAUGGGGUGGUCGUGGGGGAUGAAGGCAGAGGGCUGAUAGAAGGAAACACCAUCUACGCUAACAAGGGCUGUGGUGUGUGGAUGAUGUCAUCCAGCCUGCCCCACGUCACCAGCAACCACGUCAGCUACAAUGGCCUGUACGGAGUAGCAGUGUUCAGCCAGAAGGAUGGCUCUGGUGAGUUUCCUGGAGGUCACGGGGUCCAGGAGAACUUCAGCGAUGACAGGGAUGCCAUCCUCUGGGAGACAGAGCUGGAGAAGGAGGAUGACCCACUGCGCCGGCCCAUCACCACAGCUCUUGUUGAGUCUAACAGUAUUAAUCACAAUGGAGCCUCGGGACUCUACGUCCAGAGCAGCGAGGCACUGCAUGUCAUCACCAAUGUGAUCCACGCUAAUGGGGACAGAGGCAUCACUGUGGCCCAGAGCAGCCAGCCCACCCGUGUGGCCAACAACAGCAUCUCCUGCAACCGGCAGAGUGGGGUCAAGGUCGAGGCCCAGUGCAAGGUGGAACUCCGGGGCAAUGGUAUCUAUGACAACAGAGGCCAUGGCAUUAUCACCAGGGGCGAUAGCACCGUUGUCAUCGAAAAUGACAUCAUUGGCAACCGGGGCAGUGGGUUGCAGCUGCUGCCCAGAUCUGACACUAAGGUAAUAAAGAACCGGAUCCACUCAUUCCGGGCCUACGGCAUUGCAGUGCGAGGCCGUGCCAAGGCCCUGGUGCAGGAGAACAUCAUCUUCCAGGGCAAAACCAACAAGACCAUCUUUCAGCAGAUCUCAAACAACCGAGAAUGUAUCAUGCAAAAUAACAAGUUCCUGGUCUUCAAGAAAACGUCUGAUACAUGGCGCCUGGUGAACCCACCAGCACGGCCUCACCUUGAAAACUCUCUCAGAGGCCCCUCUGCAGCCCACAAUGGGCAGAAGGUGACAGGUAUGGCAACCAGGAUCACAGCCCGGGUGGAAGGUGGUUACCACAGCAAUCACAGCAUCUUCUGCACCAUCCUGUGAGGACGGAGACGUGCCCCAGGCCCAGGCCCUGACAGGUGCUCAGAAGAGCUAAGACAAAAAUAGUGCCUGAGAAACCUCUGGCCCUUCCCCUUUUAUCUCCCCUGAUAAAACAGGUCCCAGGCCUCCUGGGGACUAGGAACCUCCAAAACACUUCAGCCUCCACAGCCCUCAGUGGGAAGGAACUUGGAAAUGUUUUUCAAGGAGAAGGAUAUAAGUUGGUGGGUUUCCAGUCACUCAAGCUCCUAUAGGGAUUGCGAAGAGUUGGGGAAACUCAAAUCAUACGUGAAGCUUUUGGGUCAGGAUUUUCUUUGCAUUACAGGGUACCAUGUUUGACACACACCACACCUAGACUCUGCUCAGGAAGAGAUUUACUCCUGAGGGAGGGGAGUGAUUCUAGUGAGGUGGAAAAAGAUAACUGUCCCCAAAUUUUCCCCUUUCCUAGACCUAUGUCCCUUUCAAUCCCUGCAGGGACCCCACCACACCCUCCCAGCUGCCUCUGGAGGCUAGAGGAAUUGAGUUGGGUUUCCUUAAGGACACAGCUCUCUUAGACUUGGACACGGACCUCUGAGGGAGGGAAGGGGCUUGGGAACAGCAGCCCCUCUUGAAAGGCUGCCCCAGGGAUGAUGGGGACAUGCUGGAAACGAGGGGCAUGUGGCAGAAGGCUCCCUUAAGGCAACUCAGGCGUUGCAGACAGGUGCUGGGCUGGGCAGGGACAUACAGGGCUCCACUCUGUCCUCAAGGAGCUCCCAAACUCAGGAGGACGUUAGCUUGCUGCGUGCCAAGGAGCAUUCAAAUCCCACAUGAGCACACCCACGCCAGCUGCCCCUCCUGGGCACCAGCCUGUGGAGAUAGGGGUGUCUGGGCCCCUGGUGCAUACCGUGUUCUCACGGAUGGGCACCGGCCUCUACUGACCCUGCCGUGUCUCCCUACUCUGUGCCUUGGCUCAUGCUCUCUCCUUCCGGCAUGCCUUUUCUGCCGCCUCCACGUGUUGAGGCCCCACUGGUUCCUCAAGGUUUAGCUCAGACAUUGCUGUCCCCACACAGCUCUCCUGCCUUCUGUCCUCUGAGCCCCAGUAGCCCUUUUUUUGCUCCCUCUCAGGGUGCUGAGCACUUUCUGCCUUGCUUUGGAGCCAUCCAGGUCCAUAACCUGUCCCACCCACUUGCCUGUGAGCUCCCUGAAGGUAGGGCCUCAACUACGUGUCCCCAGAUCCCAACCCUGGGCUGGGGUAGGGAUAAUGGUCUGAGUGAAGAAGCAAGGCCAGCUCCAAAGGGCUUUACUGAACUGUACUGUGAAUGUCCCACAGCCAGGCGGGCUCUGGCCGCUGCUCGAGGAGGGGGAUGGAUGCAGGGCCAGGCCUGAACAGCCCCCUCCUACUUAGCCUUCCAUGAGGGGCCUUCGCCAGCCCGUUGGAGUUGCUGUCGUGCACUUGGCCGAUGACUUCCAGGCUGGGUCUGUGAGGCCCUAGGUGCUGCUCUGUUGGGCAGGAUGGGAGGGGGAGAGGGAGCCAGGAGCACUGGCCUCCCGCUGAGGACUGUGGGCACAAGAGUGCUGCUCCUCCUAUCCCUGACACUGUCCUUUGCACUUCUGUUUGGUGGCCGCAGUGUCAGUUGCUGUACAAAAUGCUGCCUUUAUUAUUUUUUAAGAAAGGACUUUUCUGUGAACUAAGUACUGAUGAAAAUCUCAAUAACCAAAAUAAAGUUCUAUAUUUUAAAAGAG